GAUGUUUUAAUCUCCGCCUAUCUUUGAUGUAAAUCAAGGACAAAACAUGCAUGUGGUGUCAAAGGUUAUUUUCCAAAGAACCAAAGCUAUGUAUCAAUCAUCGAACUCCGAGUCAGUAAUCAUGCUUGAUGGUGCUAAAAUCUGUUGGAAAUUCAACAUGCUCAAAUAACAAUUGCUUUUUGCCAAGUGUACAAGUUAAUUAAAGAAAAUAUGCAAUUGCAUCAGUACAUCAAACAAUAUAGACAGAGCAGUUGCAGGAGAUACUGAAUCUGAAUUAGACAUGAAUCGACAGAAGAAGCUGGUGGAUUCAAGAAGUGGAUCAAAUUUAUGGACAGGCAAGUUCAUUUGGAUGAUGACACUCCGGCUGAAGACAAAUUGAUUCAAGAGACGGUAUUAAGCUGAUGAUAGAGGCAAUGGAUGACUUCCAUGGGAAUAGGAUAAGGAGGAGAGUGAAGCUCAUAGAAAUGAAGAGAGCCGCAAUUGAUCAGGGAGUGGCCUCCUUCUGCAAUGCUUUAAAAUCUCUAGGAGAGCUUUGGAAGAUGAAUCAUGGAUGGAUGGAGAACAUCAGGUCUGAUGAAGUUGGCAUCAUGGAGAGCAUCAAUUUGGAAAAACUAGUUGAUAAAGUGGUGGAAACUCUUCAUGACCUCAUAAAAGCAGCAGCAGAAAAUUGGGAGCUGGUGUAUCAAGAUGACCAUGAGAAAGACCAUAGCCAACAAAGCACCACAUCUUAUGAUGUCCUUGGGGAGUCUCAGGCAAACCAAAACUCCUGCUUUAAUCCCAUUCCAACUACUUCCAUUUCAGAACUGAGGAAGACCAGAAAGCCUGAUGUCUCAUUCGUCCCUUGUCUUUUUAGGAGUCUCAGAGGUGAAGCUGUGAAAAAACCGGAGCCCCUUCAGGGAAGAUUAGCAGAAGCAAGUAAAUCUGGUGCAAGACCAGCAGCUUUGGCACAAAAUUCUUCCUUCAGUGCAAAAGCACCACCAACACCCCCACCCCCACCUCCACCUCCACCUCCACCUCCAUCUUCUCCCAAUUUAAUACUAACUCUUGCAGCUCAGCCAGCUCGACAGCCAGCACCAUCCAAGAUCUCAGGAACAGUGUUGCCAAAGAAACCACUACCACCUCCUCUUCCUCCUUCUCAGGCGGCACCACCUCCACAACCACCAAAAUCCAAGAUCUCUGGAACUGUGUUGGCAAAGAAACCACCACCUCCACCUCCACCUCCACCUCCACCUCCUCAUCGGCCAAUGACUCCCCUAGAACCGGCACCAUUCAAGAUCUCUGGAGCUGAGUUGACAAAAAAUCACCACCAAAAUGUAGCAACUCAAGGAGCAGUGGAUUCAGAACCAGCAGCUCACACGAUUGUAGUUGUGACGAUAAAAGCACCACCCCCUGCUGCACCGUCUUUACCACCACCUAAAUUACCACCAAUUGAAUUGGCUGCAGGAGAACUGCCCCCAUUGCCAACAGUACCAAAGAUACCAAGAACUGCACAAAUAGCAGCAUCGCCACCACUUCCGCCUGCGCCACCUCCCCUUCCUGCACCCUCCAAAUGGUCAAUUCCAUCACCAUCGCCUCAACCACCGGUCAUUAAAGGAGCUCCUCCACCACCUCCUCCUUCGCUAAGUGCAACUAAAUCCUUGUACCCCAAAAAAGCAAUGACAAAAUUGAGGAGAUCAACACAAAUUGCAAGCCUUUAUCGGUUCUUGAAAGGAAAAAUAGAAGGGUCGAACUUAGAGAUUAAACAUAACAGUGGAAAAAAUCGUCAAGUUGGGGGCUCUGCCAGUGGAAAACAAGGAAAGGCUGAAUAUAUAGAAGAGAUGAAAAAGAGAUCAGCAUACUACCAAAAAAUAGAGAAAGACAUGCAAACACAUGGAAAAACAAUCAUGGAUUUGAAAGCUAAAAUAAAUUCUUUUCAAACCAAGGAUAUGAUUGAGCUCAUCAAGUUCCGCAACUUCAUUGAAUCCCAUCUCGAAAAUUUGACAGAUGAAACACAGGUUUUAGCAAGGUUUGAAGACUUCCCCACAAAGAAGCUGGAAGCUUUAAGAGCAGCAGCAGCUCUACGCUUAAAGUUAGAGGCAAUUGUAGUUGACUUGCAGAACUGGAAGAUUGCACCUCCUCUUGGCAAGCUAUUCGACCAGAUUGAGAACUACUUCAACAAGAUGAAACGAGAAAUUGACACGCUCGAACGAAUAAAGGAUGAAGAGUCCAAGAUCUUUCGGAGAAAUAAGAUCGAAUUCGACUUCAGUAUCCUUGUAAAAAUCAAGGAAUUGAUGGUUGACAUAUCUUCAAGAUGCAUGGAAUUAGCACUUAAGGAAAGCAGAGAAGCAAAAGGAAUUGAGAACAAAUUGACGUUAACAAAAUCACAAACACAAAGAACUGAUUACACAAAAAUGCUUUGGAGGGCUUUUCAGUUCGCAUUCCGAGUGUACUCAUUUGCCGGUGGCCACGACGACCAUGCUGAAAAACUAAGCAAAGAAUUAGCUCACGAGAUUGAGACCAGUUCAUAGCACCAUCAAUUAUUCAUGCAGAGUCGAAUAUUGGU